AUGCCCGACCUCCAAUCAAGAGAGCCACGCGAGAUGGUGGCAACUGCAGCAGCUCAUGACGCAGAAGACUUGCAGCGACCAAUCCACCGAAGUCACAAGAGCAUGACCGUCCCCUUAAGACCUGACGUGACGGAUCCGUACGGUUGGCAAGCUCGACUGGCCCUGAUGCAGUGCCCUACUUGCCCCUUGGAAACGCUCCACGGAGGAAGGGGCACAGACCCGCAAGAGAAACUUCGGCAAAUGCUGCAGAAGGCGCACAAAGAUGUCUCAGAGCUUAUUGAUGCGGAGAAGAAGUCGAUCUCAGAUGAGCCUUGGAGAAAGUUGAUUGACCAAUAUCUGGCACACAAGACACCUGAACAGCAAUCCCAGCUGACGGAGGCAAUGGGAAAAAGCGACACAGAUGUCAAGCAACUCCUGGCCCUCAGUAUGAUAUACAGAAAGCUAUCUGAAGAAGACAUGAAAUGCGUGCGCAGGGUAUCAGUGUAUCCUAGACAGCUGGCCGACGAGGAGAUGGACGAGAGCAACUACAAGACUGAUGCCAUGACAAAAGCCUGGUACGUGGUCUUUCCAAUGGCGCUCUUUUUCUUCUGCUUCUCCUUCCAGAGUUUCAUGCUGCACAUUGGCACAGCUUUCUACGUACGGUACAUGGAGCGAAUUGAAGGCGCACUUCCAGAGGGCACUGACCUACAUGAAGUGGAAGGUGGGGAACUAUUUGACUUGGUAGCCCGAACUGUUGCUCUGAGUGCUGGCAACGAAAGUUCGGGAGACAAUGAGAACGAAGCUGUACGUGAUGGCAAUGUCAGAAUUCCAAUGUUCAUCCUUGAUCUUUCAGGUUUCAUUCCAGCCGCACUUUGUGUGUCGGCCUUUGUUUAUUCAUCCUACAAGCAGAGGUUUCAUGUUGGUUUGUGGUACAAGACUUUCCUCAUUGCAUGCUGCAUGGCGGUCAUGAAGGGCAUCCUUGAUGUUGUGACAAUUCUGCCAGAUUCGAUUGGCUGGAACCAGUGCAAGGAACGACUUGGCGAGCCAGCCUUGCAGAAGAUGAGAAAUCGACAUUUCUUCAGCAACUUUUGGGGUAGCAUUUGGCAGGCGUUGAUCGAUGAAGUCAUUGGAGUCAAUGGCAAGCGAAUCCGAUAUUGUGCUGACAUGAUGCUAUCGGGGCACACGUAUUUUGCCGCAUUAUUUUCAUUGGCUGCCUAUAAGCUCACAGGAGCCAUAGAUUUGUCCUCUAAAGCACAGAAAUUGGUUGGUGUAGUGUGCAUUAUUUGCGUUACAGUGGAGGUGGUGCUGGUGGCAGCUGCACGUUUCCACUAUACAGUGGAUAUGAUCACGUCGGUAUUCUUGGUAUGUUUGCUCUGGGACAGUUUGUUCAUGGAGCAGGUGUCAUCAGAUUGGUCAGAAGGGUACAGCUGGAGAGACCCACUGAAAUUCUAUCCGCGCACCUGCUUUUGGAAAGACUGCGGAGAGACCUAUCAACCAUCACAGCGCGUUUCCCUCAAUAGAGAGGCACCGCCUGGUGUGCUUCCUUCACAAGCUACAUAUUUGAUCAACAUGCGAAUGCUUUCAGGCAGACCUUCUUGGGACUGGGAGGAAGCUGGAGGUGAAGACAGUCCUCCGAAUGCUUCGACCGCGAAUGAGAUGUGCCCAUUGAUUUGCCCAAGCCCUUGA